AUAAAGUUAAGUUAAACAUUCAAGAGAGAAAGUAUUCAGUAAUGGCUUCCCUCAUUGUUCAUGCUCAGGCUUCAGCUGUUGAAGAUGCAGAAGCUCUUAGAAAAGCUUUUGCAGGAUUGGGGACUAAUGAGAAGGCUAUAAUUUCAAUUCUUGGGCAUAGAAAUGCAGCUCAGAGGAAACAAAUCAGGGUGGAAUAUGAGCUACUUUACAAAGAAGAUUUUCUAAGCCGCCUUGAAUCUGAGCUUACUAGGGAUUUUAAGAGAGCUGUUUAUCUUUGGAUGCUGGAACCAGCAGAUAGAGAUGCAGUGUUUGUUCAUGAGGCUAUAAAGAAACAUAAAAUUGAGUACCAAGUGCUCAUAGAAAUUUCUUGCACCCGAUCCCCGGAAGAGCUUUUUGCCAUAAGACGUGCAUAUCAGGUUCGUUAUAAACUUUCCUUGGAAGAAGAUGUGGCAUGUCAUACCUCUGGAGAUAUUCGCAAGUUGCUGAUUGCGCUAUUAACUACAUUUAGAUACAACGGUAAUGAGAUAAAUGAUAAACUGGCAAGUUCUGAAGCUGAUAUUCUUCGUGAUGCUAUUAAAGAUAAGGUGUAUAAUCAUGACGAAGUUGUUAGAAUCAUUAGUACUAGGAGCAAGGCGCAACUUUCGGCAACUUUCAAUUGCCACAAGGAAAAGCAAGGUGCAUUUAUCUCUGAGGAAUUACUAGGUGAUUUACAUAACGAUCUUGCAGUAAUGUUGUAUGGAGCAAUUUUAUGCCUUAUUGACCCGAAAGAAUACUUUGAGUGGGUGUUACAUAAGUCGAUGCAAGGGAUUGGAACCGAUGAGGAUGCAUUGACUCGUGUGAUCAUUACAAGAGCAGAAAAAGACUUGCUAUAUAUCAAGGAGCUUUAUCACAAGAAAAAUGGCAAGUUACUUGCUCAUGAUGUGGCUGGGGACACUUCACGACACUACAAGCAUUUUUUGCUCACUCUGUUGGGAGACGAGAAGUGAAAUCUGUUUUUGAUUUUGAGUUCUAAGUGUUAGUGAUUUAGUUUGAAUUUCUUUUCUAUGGUUUUUUGUUUCUUAUUAUCUGGUCCUUAGAUUUCUAUUUCUUUGCUUUUUUCUAUUCAUGUGCCGUUAUCUUUAUUGGAUGGGUGUUUAUGUUUCUAUUAACAAUUGUUAGUGGCUUAUUCAAGGUUUGCCUAACUAA